AUGUGAGUAGCGGGAGGCGGCGGGGCCGGGGCCGGGGCCGGGGCCGGGGCCGAGGCCGAGGCCGAGCCCGAGGCCGAGCCCGAGCCCGAGCCCGAGCCCGAGCCCGGGUCUGGGCCUGGGCCUGCGUCUGCGUCUGGGGCCGGGUCUGGGUCUGGGUCUGGGUCUGGGCCUGCGUCUGGAAUAGGGAAGCGGCCCUGGAGAUCACGGCGCGCUACUGCCGCACGGAGAUGGAGCAGUACGGGCAGUGCGUGGCCGCCAGCCCGGCCUCCUGGCAGCGCGACUGUCACCGGCUUCGCCUCAGCAUGUCCCGCUGCGCCGCCGCCCACCCGAUCGUGCAGCAGAUCCGGCAGGACUGUGCGGAGCCGUUCGCCGCCUUCGAGCAGUGCCUGAGGGAGAACCAGGCCGCUGUGGUGAACUGCAGCGAGCACGUCAACGCCUUCCUGCUCUGCGCAGACCGGGUGAAGGUCUCCACGUGAGGGGAGCCUUGGAAUUAAAAUUCAUCUUGAGGAGUGAAUGAAAAGUCUUUCUGUGCUCUGGACUCUCGUGCCGCUGCUGGGUUGGGUUGGUUUAUCCCCUCUGAAAAACAAGGUGCAGCUCUGCAAGGUGGGAUUCUCAGUUGUGGGCAUGCUGUGCUUCGCUCCAGCAGCUGGCUGGACUCUGGCUGGGAUAUCAGAGCAUUCCUGAUACCAUGGUGCUGCUAACACUGGGGUUUGUCUGCUGAGUUGCCUCUGAAAGCUUGAUAAGUAAAUGAAUUACAGAACUGUGGUGAAGCGACACCAAAGGAUCAGCUGCGACCUGCAGAUGGCCUUGAAUAAGAACCAAAAGCUGAAAUCAGGCCUUAACUCUUUUUCUGCAGUCUGUGUUCUCCAACGCUUUGCUCAUUCAGCACAAUAUUUUCCUUCAUCCCAAUAAAAGAACAAAAACUCCUUUCCAAGAUGCAAA